GAUCCUAAUGUGAGAUCAUCACUCAGCAGCUGUGAGGGGAAAUAAAUGAACUGCAGCUGUUUCCGAAUUAUUCCUCACAAUAUACAGAUGUUAUUAAAUGUGUUGUGUUUCGUGCACUAUUUCCACUUCAAGAGUCUUCAGCAUUAUUAUUAGUGAUAUUUAUUUCACAACAUACAGAACAGAACGAGUGACUGGAGAGUAAAGCGAAGGUGGUUUUGGUGCAGUGAAUUUCUAGCGGAGUGGGACGUCCUCAUCUCGGCACACAUGAGACAACCUCUCUCUCCUCAUCACUUUUAUCACUGAUGGCCUUGGAAAUACCACAUUAGUGUUCAUGUUGCAAAUAAGAUAAAAACAAGUUAAACUGUGGUUGUUUGCUGUGGUAGCGGGCACUAGCAUGCAGUCACCCGCGGACGAUGUUAUCUUCUGUCAGCAGCUCACUGGGUUAACGUUACAUACAGACUCUAACGUUGUCCUCAUCUGAACUCGUCGAUAUCCUGUAAGGUAGCUGAGAGGAACAAAAACCUCUUCUGACACACCAUGGCCCCACACCCGGCGGUCCAGGCCGUCAUUGACCUCUCUGCAGGAGCCAUAGGGGGAGCUGCAUGUGUCUUUAGUGGGCAGCCUCUGGACACAGCAAAGGUCAAGAUGCAGACCUUUCCUACGCUGUACCGGGGUUUCAUCCACUGCGUCACAUCCACCUACAAACAAGUGGGUCUGCGUGGCCUCUACCAGGGCACCACACCGGCACUGAUGGCCAACAUCGCCGAGAACUCGGUGCUCUUUAUGAGCUACGGCUUCUGCCAGCAGGUCAUCCGCUUCACGGCGGGACUGCACAAUGAUGCUGUGCUGAGUGACGUGCAGAAAGCCUGUGCUGGCUCAGUAGCAUCCAUAUUCUCCUCGCUGGUACUUUGUCCCACUGAGCUCGUCAAGUGCCGCCUGCAAGCCAUGUACGAAAUGGAGGCAUCAGGCAAGAUUGCUAAGAGCCAGAAUACAGUGUGGUCGGUAGUGAAAUCCAUCAUGAGGAACGAGGGGUCUCAGGGCUUCUUCCAGGGUCUGACAACCACCAUCGCCAGAGAGGUCCCCGGUUACUUCUGCUUCUUUGGUGCCUAUGAGCUCUGCCGCACCACCUUUGCAGACUACAUGAAAUGUGACAAAGACAACAUAGGUGUGGCUCCAAUCAUGUUCAGCGGUGGUUUCGGGGGGGCGUGCCUGUGGCUGAUAGUCUAUCCCUUUGACUGCGUCAAGUCUCGUAUCCAGGUCAUGUCUAUGACGGGCAAACAGGCAGGCUUUUUCAAAACCUUCAUGACCAUUGCUCGCAAUGAAGGCGUGAGAGCACUCUACUCCGGUCUAACCCCCACCAUGGUCCGCACCUUCCCUGCUAACGGAGCGCUGUUCCUGGGUUAUGAGGUCAGCCGCAAGUUCAUGAUGGAGAAGUUUGACAGCUAGAAUUUGCACAACACAAAUGGAGGAGUACUGAACUGGAAAUGAAGUAUUGUAGCCAUAUGACCUCAUCAAAACUCCAGUUGAAGCUCAUUAUGUGUUGGACCUGGUUUUUACCAUUUCCUGCUUUUGUUUAACAUGACUAAAAAGUGCCACACUCCAUUUCUUUUCAACCUACCACUCUAAUGUUUAAAUAUUUUAAGUCCUUUUAUACAUCUUUGGGGGUUUUAUAUAUAUAGUUUGUUUUUAACUCCUCAAAAAUGCUAUGCUAACACAUAUAUAUGUGAAAAAUGUUGUGAAGAAUCGUUAACACUCCAGUUUAUUAUUUGAUGUCUACCUCAACAAAGGUGGAUCCGCACAGAACCAUCUCUCUCUGCCAGUCAUUUCAAAUAAUUCUUAACUUUUUGUGUGAGCUGGUACAUGGGUAAGAAAAUCACUCCAUUAUGCUGUGAGUUUGUCUUUAACACGCACAAUGGAUAAAGGGCCAGUGUGCAGCAUUUAGUGGGAUCAAUCAGCAGAAAUGGAUUUUAAUAUUCUUAACCAUGUUAUGUUAAGUGUAUAUUCACCUGAAACUGAGAUUUGUUGUGUUUCAGUUAUCUCAGAAUGAGCCCUUCAUACCUACACGGAGCAGAGAGGUAUUAUAAUCUGCAGCCACACCGCUAGAUGCCACCAAAUCCUACACACUGUCCCUUUUGAAUCCUUACUUCAGCUCUUUGCAUUAAGGUUUUAUUUUAAAAUGUUAGUGGCAUAUACUGAUUAAUUUAAGUUGCCUAAAUGUGUUGUGAUGACUUGUGUUUGCAAUCAUGGAAUCAUUCACAGCUAAGUAUGCGACUUAGUUUGUUUCAGUAAAGUGACAAAAAAAGUGAAUCAUUUGCUUUCUUUUAACAAUGAGCACCUCUACGUUUUAAACAGCCUGGACUGAAGACUUACAGGUUUCAUCAGCUUCAAUAGAAACAAACAAAAACUGACUAUUUCUGUAUUCACUCUUUUGGAACCCAGUGUUUGCCUUUUAAAUGACUAAACUUUGCCUUUUUUUGUUGUGUGACCUGGAUUGUUCUGUUCAAGUCAAUGAGAAAAUAUCAACUGCCUCAUCAUCUGUGCCCUUUGCACACUGCAUUUCUCGUGCAGGGUUUUUCCCAGUACCAAGUGGUUGGCUAUUCAGAAAUCUCAGUCAUAUAAAUCCUUUAAUGUUAAAUGAGAAAUGUAGGUAUUUUAAAACGCUAACAAUUUGAGACGACACUGAAAUGUUUGUAUAGAUAUCUAUCCUUAUAUGCAUUGCAGUAAUACAACCUACAUUAAAGGUUCUUAUUGAAGGAAAAACUUUUU